AAUUUGGAGGGGUUAUGAAACGUCGAAGGGAUAGCGGCACUAUGGUUGUGGGACGAAACGCUGUGGUUCGUGCUAUGAAGACUUUGCUGGCCGCCUUGUGUUUCUAUGCUUUAGGUCUGUUCAACUGCAUCACUUAUACCAUUCGAAGACAGUAUCGCAAUGUAAGAAAACGUCAAGUUAUUCGUUAUGAAUACGUUCCCCUCUCACCUUUAUCAGCACAUCGAUUGAGUGUGGUAAAGCGAAAAAUUCUGGUGCUUGAUUUAGAUGAAACAUUGAUACAUUCACACCAUGAUGGUAUUAUACGUCCCAUGGUUAAACCCGGUACACCACCUGAUUUUGUGUUACGAGUGAAUAUCGAUCGACAUCCCGUCCGAUUUUUCGUACACUGUCGACCUCAUGUUGAUUAUUUUCUUUCUAUGGUUAGCCAGUGGUUUGAUUUAGUUAUUUUUACUGCAUCCAUGGAAAUUUACGGGAGUUUGGUGGCCGACAAACUUGAUAAUGGUAAAGGCAUUCUACAGAGGCGUUACUUCAGACAACAUUGUACAAUGGAUUAUGGCGGAUACACAAAAGAUCUUUCUGCUGUACACGCCGAUCUUUCAUCGAUAUUUAUAUUAGAUAAUUCUCCCAGUGCAUACAGAAAGUUUCCUCAAAAUGCAAUACCAAUACGAUCUUGGUUUUCGGAUCCAACAGACACGUGUUUGUUAGCAUUACUACCAUUUUUGGAUGCACUUCGGUUUGCAUCUGAUGUUCGCUCAAUUUUAAGUCGAAAUCAACAGCUUCAACAAGUUUGGUAGCUACUUUGAGGGAAGCUCAAGCAAGUUUAUCUUCUCUCUGCUGAACUAAACAGCUUAAGACUAAUUUUAGUCCAUAUUCCAUGCUUAUUCCUGUACCAAAAAGGAUUGUGUAGUAUAAUGUAUACAGAUAAUAUAAUGCAUACAGAUAUUCGAAAUAGCUAUGUUUGUAGUUAGCAUCUACGUAUUCAGGACAACAUAUUGCUAUGUUUAUGUUAAAAAUCAUAUAUUUUUUUAGUUUUCAGCUACUCAUUGAUAUAUUCAAUAAUAAGGCAGGCAGUCGCUGUUACUUUCAUUGUUAUUAAUUUGGC